AGUGACUCAUGUGGUCGCCCCUGCUACGUCCAGAGAAAACCCAUCUGAUACUCAGUGUUUGGCUUCAGAUGAAGAGGAGGAACACGGACACUUCACCUCCCUGACUGCAAACGCUGAGCUCAGGCCACGAUGGACGGACUGAAACCUGACUGCUGGGUCUGGACACCAAGAUCUCCUUUGUGUCGCCUUCCUCAACGUUCAGGGAGUCUGGAUUCAGCUCUGCUGAACCACCAUGAGGAAGAAGAGGAGGAGGAAGAAGGAGCUGCCUUCCUCUGUUACAUUACAGGUAAAUUUAAGCUGAGGAUUAAAUGACAGGAUAAAGUUUAAUCUAAUACAUGAGAAAUAUUUAGUUUUUGUGAUACAAACCAACAGGAUUCUGGAAAAAGACCUGGAGAAACGGAACUACAGGAAGUGUGUGUGUGAGGGAUUAAAAGAGACUAGAUUAGGAUUUAUUAUUCUGAUCAUAUGUGUGAUUGUUUCUGACCCUUAACACAUCAAACUGCAAAUAGAGAGUCUUCACCGUACAGUCACAUUCAUUUGCCUGACUGUUUAUUUUUGUGUCACGCUCUACUUAAUGCAUGUGAAUGUGUGUGUGUUUUUGUGCAUGUGUGUGUGUGCGUGUGUGCGUGUGUGUGUGUGUGCUUGUGUGUGUGCCAGUUUCUGCCGAGGACUUGUGCCUACACUCCCACUCCAAACCCAGCAGGUCCUUUCAGCAGGUAGAGGAAACAGACGGUUCAGACAUAUGACUCAAGCCAUGAUUUGCAACUCAGAGCCAAGCCCCUGAAUUAACCAUCUUUUCUUGAUUAUAAGUGUAGCAGCGUCCUUAGAGUGGGAAAAAAUCGAUUUUGCAUUACCUUAACUCACAACUUCAGUUCUGACAAAGAUGGAAACUGUGUGAAAAGUUGGUAGAUGCAGAUUUUGGUAAAUUGUUUAUACCAAAGAUUUCACUAAAAGUAAUACAAAGACAACUUUUAAAAGAGAGAAACUGAAAUAAAGGGUUUUUUUUAGAAGGAAUGUGUGUUCAUGUCAUAUUUCAUGCUGGCAACACAUUUUCAAAAAGAUAGAGGAGGGGCGUGUUUACCUCUGAUGGUGACUUGAUCUGCUCACCAUGAUUGCAUCUGUACUUUCAGACUGUGAUGACAACAAUCGUGGUGCUCGGUGGUCUUCUGAACCUCCCAUCUACUCAUCAGGGACCCCCAGCAGCCCUUGUCUGUGCAGGCGUUGUCCUGGUGCCACAUCCUCACAGCAACCAAAACCAGCAACUUAUGCAGAAGAGGAAAAUGAGUCCCAGCAUUUCAUCAGUGAUCGAUGUUGGGAGGGUCCGAGGAUGGAGACCCAGGGAUGUGUUUGUGUUUAUGGGCAGAGAGAAUCUGAAGGCUUUGGUCCCUGCUGGCCUGGAUCUCCAUAUGUUUACUACGGAGGUGAACUUCAAAUAAAAUACUCCAUCUCUCGUCUCAUAACUCGUUUUUCGUUUAUACCAAAUGCCUCUAACAGUAUUCUGUCUGCUCACUGCAGUGAGGAGGAACCUGGUGGUCGGAGUGGAGGUGGUGGAGGAGGUUGCGGUUGAAGAAGUAAUGUAAGCAUUGCACAGAAGUAGCACAGCUUGUAAUUAUAUUUCAUGUAUAAUUUUUAUAUUUGCAAUAUGAUCAAAAUAAAUGCUUUGUCUGAAAUUGAUGUUGUCUUCUCUCUCUUCAGAACAGAGGAUGUUUACACAGAUGACCUGAUGGAUCCUGAGCUGCUAGAGGAAGAACAGCUGUACCCCACAUAAAUAAGAUAACCGCACACACUGGAAAAACAAAGAUGUAAUCAUGAGACUUGUUUUUAUGUCAUAUCCUGAGACUUCAAGUAUUCUUGUUUCUUUAUUUCUUUAUUUCUCCAUGAAAUUGUUUGUAUGAGUAUUUUCAUAAACUUGGUACAAAAUCCAGAAUGUAUUAGAUCUGUGAUAUCGGGGCAGCUAACAGACACAGAAAUAUUAUAAAUAUGAAUUUUCAGAUACUAUAAAACAAUCAUCUUUGCUUCAGUUUAUCUCCAACAUGUUUCUUGUGACGUUUCUUUUUUGAGUCACUGUCAACCACCGUUAAGCAAACUUUCAACAUACAAAAAAUAAAUUAAUCAAUAAAAACACAUUUUC